AUGUCUCUCUCAUACCUCCCGCCAGUUAAGCCAUCGGCUAUCGCUCUCGGCACAGUCUUCAACCACGCCGCCUCCCUCGCCAUUCUUGGCCCAGUUUUCGGUGACACCUACCACCGUGCUCAGGCCGCGAACUCCAAGGAGGAGUUCAUUAAGUCCCGUGAGACUGCCUCCGCUGCUGCUGCAUAUGGUACCUCUUUGGUCGGAAGCGCCAUCCAGGCAUAUGGUGUUGGUGCUUUGAUCAACGCUACCGGUACUCUCUCAUACAAGGGUGCUGCAUAUCUCGGUUCUUUGAUCUUCAUGGCCAGCUCUGCUCCUUCUUUCAUCGCACAGAUCUUCACCGAGAAGCGUCCUCUUGACACCGUCGCUGUCGGAGCUGUUGCCCGUCUCUUCGAGUCUGUCGGUCUCAGUUUGUUCCUAACAUACUGGGGCACCCGCACCAACCCAUUCGACUAA